GGUGAGCUGGGAAGGUUCCCCGUUGACCGCAAAAUGGUGGAGAAUCAUUUCUUUUUUUUUCCUCCCUUUCAAAUUUUCUUCCCUUUUGCGCAAUUCCAUCUGCUUUUUUCGUUAUGUUGGGUAUCACGAGUGGCAUAAGCCCAAUGUUAUGCUCCAGAGCGUUCGAAGCAAUCCUACUGCGGAUUUUGUUCCAGAUUUUGAGUUGGUAAUUUUUUUUUGGACUGCGUAGACUUACAAGCUAGCAUUGUCAAGUCAUUAGUGUGUGCGAUAUGGAGCUUCGCGGUGAUCACAUUGCAAGAGCAUAUUUGCUGUCGACUCUGAGAAAGAGGGCUAGAUUUCCAAAAAGGGGUUGACGUUCAGUCAUGCUGGACCGUAGCAUUGGGCAUUGGCGACUAGACAGAGUUUUUCCUCAAGCUGAGGCUCUCUGGCGCAUCUAUAAUAUAUGAGGUGGUUGUCCGUUCAAUUUUUACUGCAAUCAUUAUAUUCAUAUUGAAAGCACAUAAGUCUCCCUUAGAAUCAAGAUCUACUCCAUAUUGUUUAACACUAUCUCGAAUUCUGACCCCUCAUUUUACACUCUGUUUUGAAAGUUGAAGGAGAUUCCUCUCGCUACGUGCAGAGCUCUUCAAAUUCAACGAAUAAACACACCUCGUACCAACUAUUCGAACUCAACAUACUAUGGACCACUCUUCUUCACCAAUUGAUCUCGAAAAGAAUGCGAAUGACGGCUCCUUAGUUGGAGCUCUACCACAAGAGAAAGAGAAAGAUGUCACUAUAACUUAUACUCCAGUUUCCGAUCCACUCGUAGAUGAGCUAUCCGAGUCGGAUUCUGAAGAUGAGCAUAAGUAUCCUGAAGGUGGAUUGCAAGCUUGGCUAGUAGUCCUUGGUUCGUGGUGUGGCAUGUUUUGCAGUUUUGGUAUUGCGAAUUCUACAGGUUCAUUUCAAGCCUACCUGGCUGCGAAUCAGUUAGCAUCAUAUUCCGAUUCGCAAAUUGGAUGGAUAUUCUCCUUGUACUCAUUUAUUUUGUUCAUUGGUGGCAUUUAUAUUGGUCCCGCGUUUGAUGUCUAUGGACCAAGAUACUUGGUAUUACCAGGAAGCAUUUUACUCGUUCUUUCAGUCUUUUUGUUUGGAGAGUGUACUGGUAGGUUAUCUAACCUCAAAUUCAAUAUUGCAAAGCUAACUGUUCCAGAAUACUGGCAUUGGAUUGUUGUGUUCAGCGUACUUUGUGGCUUCGCCAGUUCACUCACCUUCACGCCGUCAGUUGCGGCGAUUGGUCAUUGGUUCCAUAAAAAGCGUGGAAAUGCGACAGGAAUUGCCGCUACUGGUGGUGCUUGCGGUGGCGUUGUCUUUCCCCUUCUCAUGGAAAAUCUCAUCCCAAAGAUUGGUGUAAGCAUUCUCUCUUUUUGAUUUCACCAUAUUACACAGUACAUUGCUAAACAAUUCAUAUAGUUCUCAUGGACAAUGCGAGUAAUGGGAUUCAUCUUCGUUUUUGUCACCGUUAUGGCAAACCUCCUCAUCAAAAAUCGUCUUCCUCGUACCCGAACCGCUCAAAGCCCUCACCCAGAUAUUAAAAUUUUCAAAAAGCCAGAGUUCGCUUUAACCGUCUUGGGUGUAUACCUUCUCGAAUGGGCAUUUUUCCUGCCAGUCACCUACAUCACAUCUUACGCUCUCUAUGAAGGAUUCCCUACAGCAAUUUCUUAUCAAUCUCUCCCUAUCCUAUGUGGUGCAUCAGUUGUUGGCCGCUUCGUACCAGGCUAUCUAGCAGAUAUCAUUGGUCGAUUCAACACUCUUCUCAUAGCACUCUGCCUUACCGUCUUCGCCUGUUUUGUCGUCUGGCUUCCAUUCGGAAACACUUUACCAGGUCUAAUUUGUUCCGCCAUAAUACUCGGUUUCGCAAGCGGUAGCAACGUUGGUCUAACACCUGUUUGCAUAGGCCAAUUGUGCGAUACUAAAGAUUAUGGUCGAUAUUAUGCGACUUGUUAUUCAGUAGUUAGCAUUGGAUGUUUAACCGGUGUUCCAAUCGGUGGAGCUUUGAUUCAGGCUUGCAAUGGGUCUUAUUGGGGUGUAAUCACGUUUACGGGCUUAUGUUAUGGUGCUAGUGCAAUAGCUAUGUUUUGUGCGAGAGGAAUUGGUGGUGGAUGGAAAUGGAAUGUUGUGUAUUAGCGUUGAAGCGGUUACUUGGAUAGGUUAAGGCAAAUAGGAUUGGAAAAAUUGGGGUUUAUGGACGACGGAUAACGAGGCAUGACUAAAAGUUCAUUCAGGCGUAUGUGUAUAGCGGUAUUGAUUUUUGGGGAAUUUGGAGAAUGUGGUGAUUUAAAUGAUAGGUGUUUAAGGGGUCUUGGUCAUUGGGUAUAAUGUCAUAUAUUAUCUAUAAACUUUAUCAUCUUA